AUGCAACAAUUUCAAACAUAUCCACUUUCUUCAAGUUAUAUCUCAACAAAAAACGAUCGAUUUCAUGUCGUUGAUGACAAUAUGAACAAAAAUAAUCUCUCAGAUAAUAUUUCUCGUUUUACAUCAAAUGAUUCUGGUAUCAGUUAUGAUGAUAGUGAUGAUAAUGAGAGUCUAUUUUCGAAUGAAUUUGAUUUCGAUUCUAUUGAUCCAAUUUAUCCAUCACCAAUAACAAUUACUGAUGAUGCUCAACGAGCAGCACUCAUACGUGACGAUGAUAAAAAAUAUUUUUGUGAAAAUACUAUUUGGGCUUGGCAUGGUGAAUUUGGUCGAUUAAUUAUGGCAACAGCUAUGACAUAUAAUGUUGACUAUCGUCUUAUACUUUAUGAAGAACGUUUCAUAUGUCCACGUACAUCAAAUGCAUAUUAUUCAAUCAUACAGUCAGAUAAUGCAAAAGCACAAUUUAAAUGUGAUAUGUGUGGACAUUGUUGGACAUCAAUGCGUGCACGAUGUUCAUUCUAUAUAUCGAAGCCAAAUGAAGGCGGUAUUGUCUUAUUAAGACUUUAUACGCAACAAUGUCAAUAUUGUUAUUCAACUGUUCAUCCACUAUGGUAUUUCGAUGAAAUUUGUCGAGUGACGAAAAAUUUAGCAAAGACUAUUUAUGAAUGUUUUUUUCCAAAUUCGGUUUCAUCUAUUUAUUGGGAUAUAACACAUAAUGGUACACAACCAGUUCGACGUUUAUUACAACGAAAAGGAAAUAUGCAAGCACAACAUAAUUCAUUAUUGUGUGAAGCAUGUCAAACUGGCUCGUGUUAUCCAUAA